CAUACGACCACAGGGUGUGGAAAACAGGGCUUCCCGUCCGCUCAGCCGUACUUAAGCCACACGCCGGGAGCGAAUCCCUUCUGUUGUAUGUUUUUAUCCAUUCUUCGUUUUUUACCCCCUCCCAGCUGGCUUUUUUUUCUGAUUCUGUUCACCAUCAAAGUGUCAGAUAAAAAGAAGUUGGAGAGAAUUACUGCCGCAUGCCAAACAAGGGAUGAUGAGAUCCAGUAA